GGGGCGGGGCUGGGAGGGGAGGAGACACUACCCAGCCACCCGAGUAGACAGUGGGGCGAGGAAAACCUCGGCCGGGAGCCUGCGGCGCGGUCCUUUCCAGCGUCCCCUUCGCGGCGGGUCCUGCCUGGGGCUGCGCGGCGCGUUUCCUGAGCUCGGGGACUGUGGGAGACCCGCGAGUCCCUGUCUCCGAGACGAGAGGCCACGGACACCCGCGCAGAGGAGCAUCCCCUGGCAUCCCGCCCCACGCCCGUCUCUCCGGAGUCUGCACACCAGCGACCGCCCGUGUUUUGGCGCACACAUUCCCCGCCCCGCCGCGACUCCCACGCCCCGAGCCCUCUGCCACAGGCGCCAGAUCCCGCCUCCGGGGGCUGGACCCGGAGGGUCCUCGGCGGCGUCUUUAAGGCUGCGGUCCCCGCCCCGCCAUCCUCCCCGCCCUCCUCCCUCCCGCCGCGGCUCCUCCCGCCCUCCCAGAACAGCCUGGCGGCCGGGCGCGCGCGGCGCGGAGCAGGUGCUGGGGAGCCCUUCGCAUGCGGCUGCCGGGUCGGAGGUGGUAGCGGCGCCGGGCGCGCUCUGCCCGCCCCUCCUCCGGGCCUCACUCGGGCUCGGGCGCGCGGGGACAUGUCGGUGGCGACGGGCAGCAGCGAGGCGGCCGGCGGGGCCGGCGGCGGCGGCGGCGCGCGGGUUUUCUUCCAGAGCCCCCGGGGCGGCGCAGGUGGCAGCCCCGGCUCCAGCAGCGGCUCGGGAUCCUCCCGGGAGGACUCGGCGCCCGUGGCCACGACAGCCGCUGCCGGGCAGGUUCAGCAGCAGCAGCAGCGGCGCCACCAGCAGGGAAAAGUGACAGUGAAAUACGACCGUAAAGAGCUUCGGAAGCGGCUGGUGCUGGAGGAGUGGAUCGUGGAGCAGCUGGGUCAGCUCUACGGCUGCGAGGUACCUGGAGCGGGGCGGGGAGGGUCAGGGACCUCUCUUGCCCUUCUGUGCCUGCGCAGGAAUUCUCCCGGGCUCCAGCCCCGGGGCGCCCGUGGCCCUGACUCCCGGGAAGAACCAAGUGCCAGGAGCGAGGUGCGGCGCCUUCUCUCCCCUCUCCUCCCCCGGUGCCCUCUGGCAUCGGGCUCUGCGGUUGGGACGCCCCUACCUGGGUUCAGCUGCCGGUGCCCGAGGAGCUGCGGGCCCUCUUGGUGGCCAUGGGGAGGGUUGGGUCCUGCGGAGCGCAUUGCUUUUCUCUGAGCUCUGGGCUCCUCUGGGCUCCCCCUGCAGCUGCGCGAAGCGGGGCUCGGAGGGGCUCACUCCAGCUGCGCCUCAGCAGCGGUUGGGGAAACAGCAGCCUAAGAGAACAGCGCUCACUGUUGGGAUCCGGGGAACCCCGAUUUUUGUGGAGAAUGAGCAGGGAAGGGCCCUAUCUGAAGCUGCCUCGUGGAAAGGAGAGGUUCUGGUGGAUAUCUCAGAGGCCCCCUUGGUUCCAGAAAUUUACCGUGAAAAUCCCGAGAUGGAACGCUUUCCCCUUUCCAGCCAGCCCCGACGGUGUCUCCAUAAUUCAUCCCUGCAUUAUCAGAGCUGCACACCUUGUGUUUUGUUGAGGCUGUUGUUUUUCCUCUCCAAGCUCAGUUACUCCCAUUGAUGGGCGCAGAAUGAGCAUAUGGGCAACCUCAAUGGGUGCCUCUGUGGAAGGGCGGGAGCCCUGCAGGGAGCCUGCAGGAUCCCGGGGUCUGCCAGCUUCAGGCUCUCAGCUCCCUCCUCCACAACAUCAUGACUUCCCACAGUCCAGGGACUAGGACAAGUCCCUGGACAUACACAAUUUUCAGGGACGUGUAUACAUUUGAUAUAGGGAUAAAUCUAUAGAAUAAACUGCAGCAAACAUAUACUAGAAAAACGACUGAAGUCAAAAUGAUCUCUCAUGAGCAUCUUGAAUAACAGUAAUUAUUUCUAAAUGAAUGUCCUCCUCUUAAGGGAGUGGAGUUUGGAAAGGGUGGAAGCAUGAAAGUGUUAAUAAUUAAGGAUGUGGCUUCUAAGCUAAGGCUAGGUUUGUGUCCAUUCAACUGUUGUGCGCUUCAGCAAUGAUGGUAACCAGAUGAACUCACGGCCUUUACCAUUAAUGUUGGGUAUUCUGUAUUUGACACAUUUCAUGCCCUGUUGUAAAGACACAUUUUCUUUAACAUCCUCAUUGCACAAGGAAAUGGUAUGCUCAUUACUGACUACUGAUGAAUGAUUACGAUAUAAUGAAGCUUGACUGUAUGACUAAUGGGCUUGUAAAAAUGUGUUGUUUCUCCAGCCCAGCUCUUACAAAAAGCCAAUUUAAUUGCAUAAAUAAAAACUGGCAAACAUAAGAAGUGCUCAUGAGAUUUGUAUAGGAAGUUGGCAAAACUCUGUAAAGAAACCACAUAUUUGAUGUAGAUGGGAUUACUGUUGGAUGAAUGGAUGUGCUCAAUCUUGCCUCUAUAGAAUCCAGUGAAUUUUCAUUUAUUUUAUACUGUUUUUCCCCCCAUUUGGUGUUUGGAGAAGAUUUGAGUUAAUAGAAAAAGUAUUGUUGAAAUUAACAAUACUCCAGCAUGGUUCUUUUUGUGGUAGACUAAUUAGACGUAGCUUGGGAAACUGGAAAGAGCUCUAUGCACUGAGUAGGCUGAUAAAUAAUAUAUUUUAAAAAUUCUUAAGAAUAAUUAGAAAAGAUGGAGGUUUGAUUGUCCCCCAUGUUGAACAUGUAGGUUAGGUAUAUAUUUUAAAGGGUAAACAUGACCUUGAAUCUUUCCUUGUAUUGUACUUUCCUUCUUGGCUUUUAAAUCUUCAACCCAUAGCAAACAGCUAGACAUUUGAAAGAGAGGUUUUUAUGGUGAAAUAAUACAAGAUGCUCUCUAUGCUGCCUGCAUGUCAUUACAUGUGGCAAACAUUUCUCUUCAAGUUGUUUGUUCAGUCAUUGUAGGCUGAAGGAAUAUAAAUCAUGAGAAGGUUGUUGGCAAAUUGUAAUCACUAUGCUGGCUCCAUUUAAUAAUAAAGAAAUGUGGGCAAAUAAGUAGCCAAAUAAA